CGGGUACUCGUAGUCGUUAAGGGGAGGAAAAAAAAACCCCGUGGCGAGAGCGAAAGGUGGCCUCGCCCCUCCGCCGCGCGGCGGGCACGUGACGUCAGCGCGUGAGGUCACCGGGCCCGGCGAUGAUGCGACGGUGACGCGGCCCUCGCGUCCGCCACGGCCGGGACCGUCGCGGUGUUGCUAUGGCAACCCCGCCCGCCGGGUCAGGGGGUCAUCGCGAGGCCUGCAGGUGAUGCUUGAGCCCCUCCUGGACUGUGUCUCCCUGGAGGAGCCCCUGGAGAAUCUACAAGAAGCUGGUGGAUGUGGUGAUGGAGAACUACGAGCUGGUCACUUCCCUGGGCUAUCCAGUUCUCAAACCUGAUCUCCUGUCUCGGAUUGAGCGUGCCGGAGAGCCAUGCCUUGGUGAUCAGCUGGACUCUGCCAGAGGGAUUCCACAAGACCCCUGCCCAGGCUACCGGUUUUUCAAACCUGAAGGCUUGUCUUGGAUCGAGCGGUGGGAAGAGCUGGGCAUCGCGGACCGUCAGAAGGUCGAGGAAGGCAAGCUGUGCACUGGCUCCUGCCAAGGAGCAGCCGGGCGCGGCAAGGCGAUCAAGGAAGAGGAGGGCGGCCAGAAGGGCUUUGCGGCCAGCCUUGAGCGCUACCAGCUCUUCCCUGACAGCUCCCGCGCGGCGGCGGGGUUCUUCCUGGCCCCCAACGCUGCCCAGCUGCGAGCUCAGCCCCGUGUCAAGAAAGAAGAGGUGGCCUCGUGCGAGCCGAGCCUCUGCGGUCCCGGCCGCCCCUCCCAGGGGCUGGGCUCGGGCCCCUUUGCCUGCGUCGUGUGCGGGAAGUGCUUCCGGCAGAAGCAGGGCCUCAUCACACAUGGGCGGAUACACACCGGGGAGAAGCCCUACCCGUGCCUGGAGUGUGGCAAGCGCUUCCGCCAGCGCCCCAACCUGCUGACCCACCAGCGGGUGCACACGGGCGAGCGCCCCUUCCCCUGCCUGCGCUGUGGGAAGCGCUUCAGCCAGAAGGCCAACCUGGCGGCCCACCAGCGCACCCACGCUGUCCAAGAAGGGCUCAUCAGCCCCGAGCCCAAGGCUCCCGUGCAGCGGGGGAGCCGCCAGACGGAGAAGCCCUUCCCCUGCAACGUGUGUGGGAAGAGCUUCAGCCAGCGGCCCAACCUCAUCACCCACCAGCGCAUCCACACCGGCGAGAAGCCCUUCGCCUGCACUGAGUGCGGGAAGCGCUUCAACCAGCGGGCCAACCUGAUCACCCACCGGCGCAUCCACUCGGGGGAGCGGCCCUUUCCAUGCGCCACCUGCGGCCGGCGCUUCAGUCAGAAGGGCAACCUCGCGGCUCACCAGCGCACCCACUCGCAGCAGCGGCCCCACGCCUGCACCUGCUGUCCCAAGCGCUUCAAGGGGGAGUCUGCUCUCCGCGCACACCAGAGAACCCACCGGCAGGUCCUGGGCACCGACCCUCUGUCCAGCACCCUCCUGGCAGCACCGGCACUCCAGCAAGCUCUCCCUGGGGAUCCUGCGUCAGCAGCCCACCGGGCAACGCCAGCCCCGCACCAGGAUCUGGCUGGGGAUGCCACUCCAGGCAUCCACCGGGCCCCCUCCUCUGGCCCGCAUGGCCCCCCCCACGGGCAGAGCCUCCCUGGAGAUCCUUCUUCUGGUCCUCAUGCAACAAGGACCCCCACGCACCUCCAGGGAGUGGCACCAAGCUCCGACCAGGGGCCUAAGCUGAGUGCCCCUCCGCCAGUGAUGGAUCCUCACGCCGAGAUGCUUCAUUGCCAACGCCGGCUGAGCCUGCCGGGGCUGCCCACCUCCAGCGCACACCCCGUGGUCCCCAUGGGGCAGGCCCAGCCGGUCACCGCCAAGCAGAAGAGCCUCGCCCUCCCUCGCUCUUCCGCGGUUGACGCCCCGAACGAGAUGCUGCAUUGCCUCUGCCAUGCCAGCAGGGCCUCCUUGGUCAUUCCUCACCCCCCACAUCUGGGGCAGCUCCAGGCAGGGAGCAGAGACACCCCUGGCCGGGCCUGGCUGGGGAUUCCCUGCCCCCCACGCGCCCUUCAGCUCCAGCAGGGCAGCCAGGGCAGCCACCCGGCCGCCCCUAACCCGAGGCUGUGCUCCAUCCCGGACUCCUUGCGAUAG